GUGUGUGUGUGUGUGUGAGGGAGAGGGGGGGAGAUAGAGCGAGACUGUGGACAUUUGGACAUUUAAAGAUUUUGAGGUCUGGACGCAGGCAUUGAAAGGGAACCGGUAAAAAGCGGCGGUUUUUCGAUUCGGUCCCGUUUCUCCCGUUCGCUGUAAAGCAGAAGCAAAGCCAGCAGUCAGAAUGGGAAACCGGGGGAUGGAGGAUUUGAUUCCGCUGGUUAACCGAAUGCAGGAUGCGUUUUCUGCGAUCGGACAAAAUGCCAACCUGGACCUUCCCCAGAUCGCUGUGGUUGGCGGUCAGAGCGCAGGAAAAAGCUCUGUGCUGGAGAAUUUUGUGGGGAAGGACUUUCUGCCUAGAGGCUCUGGCAUUGUGACUCGCCGACCCCUAGUGUUGCAGCUGAUCAACUGUCCAACAGAAUAUGCUGAGUUUCUUCACUGCAAAGGGAAAAAGUUCACUGAUUUUGAGGAAGUGCGUCAGGAGAUCGAAGCAGAAACAGAUCGCAUCACUGGACAGAACAAAGGCAUCUCUCCUGUACCCAUCAACCUGAGAGUCUACUCUCCAAUUGUAUUGAAUCUGACUCUGGUGGACUUGCCUGGAAUGACCAAAGUUCCGGUGGGGGACCAGCCAGCUGAUAUUGAAUUCCAAAUCAGGGAAAUGAUCAUGCAGUUUGUUACAAAGGAGAACUGUCUCCUGUUGGCCGUUUCUCCUGCCAACUCAGACCUCGCCAACUCAGAUGCCCUCAAGAUUGCCAAGGAAGUGGACCCUCAAGGUGUUAGAACGAUUGGUGUGAUAACUAAACUGGACCUGAUGGAUGAGGGCACCGAUGCACGUGAAAUCUUGGAGAACAAGCUUCUUCCUUUGCGCAGAGGCUACAUUGGAGUUGUGAACCGGAGUCAGAAAGAUAUUGAUGGAAAAAAGGACAUUACUGCUGCCAUGGCAGCCGAGAGGAAGUUCUUCCUCAGCCACCCUUCCUAUCGCCACCUGGCUGAUCGCAUGGGGACCCCUUACCUGCAGAAAGUCCUCAAUCAGCAACUGACCAAUCACAUUCGAGACACACUGCCAGGGCUGAGGAACAAGUUGCAAAGUCAGCUGUUGUCCAUUGAGAAGGAAGUGGAAGAAUACAAGAACUUCCGCCCAGAUGACCCCUCCCGCAAGACCAAAGCCCUUCUUCAAAUGGUUCAGCAGUUUGCAGUGGAUUUUGAGAAGUGUAUCGAGGGAUCUGGUGAUCAGAUCGACACUUAUGAGCUGUCAGGGGGAGCCAGGAUCAACCGUAUUUUUCAUGAGCGUUUCCCCUUUGAACUGGUCAAGAUGGAAUUUGAUGAGAAAGAGUUGCGCAAGGAAAUCAGUUAUGCUAUUAAAAACAUCCAUGGUAUCAGGACUGGCCUCUUCACCCCUGAUAUGGCCUUUGAGACGAUUGUGAAGAGACAGAUAGCUAAGAUCAAAGAGCCAUGUCAGAAAUGUGUGGACAUGGUCAUCUCUGAACUGGUAAAUACAGUCAGACAGUGUACUAAAAAGCUUGCUCAGUAUCCAAUGCUGAGGGAGGAAAUGGAGAGGAUUGUCACACAGCAUAUUAGAGAUAGAGAGAGUCGCACAAAGGACCAGGUGAUGCUUUUGAUCGACAUUGAGCUGGCCUACAUGAACACCAACCAUGAAGAUUUCAUUGGUUUUGCCAAUGCCCAACAGAGAAGUAGUCAGAUGAGUAAAAAGAAGGCUGCAGGGAAUCAGGAUGAGAUAAUGGUUAUCAGAAAGGGCUGGCUAACCAUCAAUAACAUUGGUAUCAUGAAAGGAGGGGCAAAAGAGUACUGGUUUGUGCUGACUGCUGAGUCUCUGUCCUGGUACAAAGAUGAUGAGGAGAAAGAGAAGAAAUACAUGCUGCCUGUGGAUAACCUGAAGCUUCGAGACAUUGAGAAAAGCUUCAUGUCUAGCAAACACAUCUUUGCCCUCUUCAACACUGAACAAAGAAACGUGUAUAAGGAUUAUAGGCAGCUAGAAUUGGCGUGUGAGACACAAGAAGAGGUGGACAGCUGGAAAGCCUCCUUCCUGCGUGCUGGUGUUUACCCAGAACGCAUUGUGGACAAAGAAAAGAGUGAAAACAGUGAGGAGAGCAGCUCGGACAGUUUCAUGCACUCCAUGGACCCUCAGCUGGAGAGACAGGUGGAAACCAUCCGCAACCUGGUGGACUCCUAUAUGGCUAUCGUCAACAAGACUGUGCGCGAUUUGAUGCCCAAGACCAUUAUGCAUCUUAUGAUCAUCAAUACUAAAGAGUUCAUCCUUGCUGAGUUGCUGGCCCAGCUUUAUUCAUGUGGAGACCAGAACACUCUGAUGGAGGAAUCAGCAGAACAGGCGCAGCACAGGGAUGAGAUGCUGCGCAUGUACCAUGCACUCAAAGAAGCACUGAGCAUAAUUGGAGACAUCAGUACAACCACUGUGUCCACAUCCUUGCCUCCUCCAGUGGAUGAUUCCUGGCUGCAGGUGCAGGGAGGACCCUCAGGACGAAGAUCCCCUAUGUCCAGCCCUACACCUCAGCGCCGUGCCCCUCCUGGACCUCCUCGCCCUGGUGCUCGUGCUGCUCCUGGGCCUCCAGCUUUCGGAGCUCCACCUGUUCCCUCCAGACCUGGAGCCUCUCCAGACCCCCACAGUGCCCCACCACCCCAAGUGCCCUCACGUCCCAACCGUGCUCCUCCAGGAGUUCCUAGAAUUUCUAUCAGUGACCAAUGAGGAGGUCCACAAAUGUAAUCAAGAGUGAUUAUCCGAGUUACAAGAAAACCUUGAGCUCCUUGAACCAAUCUGGCAAGUAAGCUCUCUUAUAAGCAAGGUGUUUCCACCAACAGAACUCUCACUCAGUCUAUUUUAUUUGUAUUGCACAUCAUUCAUGUAGUGUUGUCAUACUGUUUUGUGUGAAUAUCCCAGAAGAUCAGCAGUUUCUUAAAUCAAAUCAGCACCAGCAAUCAUGCCAUGAUUAAAGUAAAAAAAAACACACUUUUCCCCAUUCUGAUGUCUGAUCUGUAAUUGAAGCUCUUGACCUGUGUCUGCCUGCUUUUAUUCAAUGAGCUGCUGCUGUUUGGAUAACUGUAUAAAUAAGCAGGUGUACGGCUGUUCCUAUUAAAGUGGACAUCGUGAAGUACUCAUCAUGGUGCUAGGCAAAUCGGCUUGCUAGUUGCAGUGAUGUUAGGUGACGUAUCCUGGGUAAGCUAGAGGGUACACAGCAUUUUAUUGUAUGUUUUUCAUUAAUAAGUUAGGAGAAUCAAUAGAGAGAAAAGGAGCAUAAACAGGAUGUGUGCUACACACUCAGCAUUGUGGUGUUUUAAAUAUGAAAUGGGUCCCUUUUUGUCAACCUCAUAAAAGGUCUGAUACUGUUACAGUUCUGCACCUGGUUGCAUUUGUUUAGUAGAACAUAAUGCGAUGUGGUUUGUUACAAUAAUGAAGCUUUACAAUAUUAUUGUAUUAGCUUUACAAUAAUAAAUUUUAGCUAAAGUUUAAAGUACUUUUGUAAAUUUCUCAUAUUUCUCACAUAUCAGCUGUAAGUGAAUUAAUAUUCUCAUCUUUUUCUUUAAAAAACUAUGUCAAUAAAAUUUUGUGACCAAUGAACAACCAAUCAGGACAAGGCGAUAUCGCAAACUGCCUAAGAAGCAUGCUCAUUAAUUCAGAAAACUUCCUCUUACACCAGUACAUUAAAGGGAGUGGAACCAUUUGCUUGGAUUUUGAGUAUUAAAACCUUUAGGUUCAGCUAAAUCCACCAAAAUCCCCAACUGUGUCUGAAACAUAAUCUUAUAAGUUUGUAUUUCAAAAGCCACUUCAAAAGCUACAAAGUUUUCUAUUUAACUAUACAAAGAUUCUAUUCUUUGUAUACACAUGCUAUUUCAAUCUAGUUAUAAAGUUAUAAAGUCAAUAACAAAUAAUGUGUUUGUUUAUAAGCAGCACAUAAAAGCAGCAUGUAAUGCAAGCAUUGAAUUUGGACAUGAUUCAGUGCCUUCCUACCUUUUGACUAUACCCUUAGUCACUCCAUUAAUUAACAUUUUAACAUGACUAUGCAGGCUUGUCUUGCAAAAGGCAAAGGAAGGGAAUAAAAAAAGCCUGGUUAAUGACCAUGGCCAUGCUGUUUUCAUGAAUAGGUUCAUUUUCUAUGUGUGUUGUACUCAUCUCAAUAUAUCUGUGUGUUCAUUGACACUUGUGCUUGUGUUAGUUCUUGCUAGUUUGUUCUAUCCUGUCUGUCUACUUGCAUUUGUCUGUUCGUUGUCAUCGUCGAAGUCGACGAGUUCCAGCAUCACCAAGAAGACCCAACAAAGCCAAAGGUUCCCUUAGAAACUAUUAGCCCUGGAUCCCUACUUGCAGAAAGAAACUACUGUCUCCUCACACAAACACCCAAACACUCAUACUGUACACAGCCACACAAAUCACAUCUCCUAGAAGGAACUUACCUAGAAGCACAUAUUUACAUAAAAGAAUCCUUGUCCUUGAAACAAUCAUACAUGUAAACUAGGUAGAAGACAGUAAAGCAGCGGUGUCCAACCAUUUCAUUCCAACCAAGCAGAAGCCAAGUCUCAAAAACAUACACUAUUAUGCCAUUUUGUAGUACAAAUAGGUUUAGUAGUUUGUUCACACUGAAAAUUCCAACAAGAAGAGGUCACUUUAUUUAACUGGAUAAUGCACUUAUCCAGCUGAAAAGAUUAAGUGUGGAACGCUCAUAAACUGAAUGCUCACAGAUUUACUUACACAAGGGAAGAGGGGUGGAGCUUAUAGACACUGACACUGUGGUGGAUGAGACAUUUUACAAAAGUCUUUUAGAUUAGCCCACAUCGUAUGAUUUAUUUUUCAACAUUAAUCAAAGUUACUUUAUUCUGCUACAUGUUUGAUGUCGUUUGGAAUUGACUGCGAAAUAGUUUAUACUUCCAUUAAUUGAGACUAUACUGCCUUUUAAAAUUCACACACUACAUGUUAGAGAACAUAUAUACUGUAUUGUUUAAGCACAUAGUGUAUAGUAUGUAAUUUGGGACAAGGUUAAGUAUACAUUGGACACUGAAAUAUUCUGAAUACUUUAAUAAAAUGGUGUCAAAUCUUAUCCAGAAACAGUGGGUGCAGGUUUUCAUUCCAACCAAGCAGAAGCCACAGCUGAGUCUAUUGAAAGCCACAAUCAACUGAUUAAAUAUAAAAGCAUGUGACUGCUAUGACAUUAGCCUCUCUCAAUUGUCUUUAGUAUAGUUUAUUCUUGCUGACCUUUGCGCCUGCUACUGUAUCUCACUUCCUUCUCUCUUAAGAUCAAUCUACAUGCAGCUUACAGUCUUAGAGCACACAAAAGCCACCUGCUAAACACUGGCUCACUCAGUUACUUCUCUGAGAAAGCUGCUACAUUCUCACACUAAAAUGUAGCCAUAAGUCAUUUGUUUAGGGCUUGACUUAAAACUAGAACUCUAGAGGCUAGAGGAAAGAAUUAGGAAUUUGAUUCAACUUGGUUAAUUUUAAGUUUUAUAUACGUGUGUAUAGAUGUAUUUAUUUAUCUUUCCCAAACUCGAAGCUUAUUUGCCUUAAUUUUGAGUUUAUGGAUGUCAAAUAAGUCAGGGUGGUUUGGGAAACAAGUAAACCCACAUGAUGAUAUGGAGAAUACGCAAAACUUUACACAAACAUUUACCCGAUCUCAGUAUUGAGAUGAUAAUGCUACCUGCUGCACUGCCAUGCCAUUCAAACACUGAUUCUGUAAACUGAAUUCAAAGCUACAACUAUCACACUGAAAAUGUAUAAACAUCUCUAACAAGAUGAAUCAUUUACAUUUAGAGCUUCAUUUGCAAAAACUGUCAGCCGAACAUCUGCUAUUAUAAGUUUUGAUCUGAGGGAUUUUCUAUUCCUUUCCCAGUAUAAGUAAACAGGUCAAAAUCAAUUUGUGGUAAUUUAUCAUACUCUGGAGAUGUAGUAGAUUGGUGGAAAAACAUGAUACUGUAUUCCUUUAAUUAUUGGUGUUCAGAAAAAGGUUGCAUAAAGUAACUUUCUUUUGUCGCUGGGGUGGUACUCUCAACAAUCUUCAUUCAAUUUUACUCUUCAUUUAAAACUUCUUUAAGGUAUUAUUAUUAGGCCAAAAAAAACAUUAACUGAAGAGAUAAAAUCCCACUAGUGACAAACAACAGUACAGUUUAGUACUUUUUCUGUAAGUGUCAGAAGUCUGCAAAAAAUAUAUUUUGAAAGAGUUGCCUGUGGGUUACUUUAGUGCUUUCUUUUUGCCCACAAUUUGUCUCUCCUUCUCGCCCCACAUGUUCUAACUUUUCACCCAGUCGACCAAGCAAAGGCAGCCCUUCUCAUGGAGAGAGUCCACAUCCUUCGUUUGACUCAUAGAACCCAUCCUUCCACUCACUCUCUCAACUGCCUUUUCUCUGACCACGAGGACGUUGAAGGUUGGACACGAAGGCCAGAUAAAUCCAUGUAUAUCUAUCUGCUAGGAAGAUUUGUUUACAAUAUGUUUUAAUGUGUGAUUAGAUGCAGAGAAUAUAUAGAGUGAUAUAGAACAAUAAUAACAGAGAGAUUGUGAAAGAAUUGAGAUGGACCUAGUGUUUACUGCAGUGUUAUUUGUAAUAAAGGUGCUGUGCAGUGUUUCAGUGUUUACACAAUAUAUAAUGUCAAUGUGUUCUAUAUUGAGCUGUGACUAAAGAAGUUGCCUGCAAACAUUUUGCCUUCUUUGUCAGAUUACAAAUGGGUUACUGUACACAUGCAGUCAGCCUCCAUCUGAGGCAGAGCUAAAUAUUCUGUCGUGAUUAAUGUUUAAUUUAUUAUUAAUCGCAACAUAAAAGUAUUCAUGUUGUGUGCAAGAUAUAUGGAUCCAGCUAUGGAUCCUAUGGAUACAGCUCUGCUGUAUUUAAAGCAAUCUAUCACCUGAAAACAAUUAAUGAUGCUAAUAAUGAAUUAAAGUUAGUAGGAGUGAGUUAAUAUUAUGCAAUGAAACCAUGCUACUGGAUUUCCUCCUUUUUUAAUUAGCUUUUAAAUUUUAUUGAAGACUUCAGAUACAAAUAUUGGAAUAUGUGUUGUGCAAUAUGUCUAAUGGAGUAUGUUGUCCAAAUUAUAAAAGAAUUGUGUUGCCUUGCUUUAAUUUAAUUGAGAGGAAUAAUUUCUUGAAUAUGAUUUUAGAGGAGAAUGUGGUUUAAUCAGACUAAAUGAAAGAAAAAAGCCAACAAAUGUGAGUAAAAAAUUAUGUUUCCCACUAUUUUUCAGUGUUAUACACAGAUUUGUAUUGUGUUGGUGUAAUGCAUCUCUGGGAAUUUUGCUUCCGUAACUUUGUGCACAUUGUACAAUAUUUAAGUAGCUAAUAACAAAGUGAAAGAAGUGACUGUAAACAAAGAAGUGAUAUGUGUAUAUAUUCUGAGUUGAUUUGUUUAAAUGAAUAAUGUGAAUGUGUUUGUGUCUAGUGUCUGAUAUGGCCUCCUGGAUCUUAAUGCCACUGGUCCAGCCUGAGAAACUGGCCAGUGUAUUGUGUUUUCAUUAAACUGUGGAAGAUGUA